AUGUAUGGAUUGACGUAUCUCUCCUUACAACAGAGAUGUUUGAUUAAAAAAUUUGUAUCAAGUCAAUCAGCAGAGAUGAUAAAUUCAUCAAAUGAUAGCGAUGAAGAAAAUGUUGAUUUAAUGUCAAUGCAGUUGAUUUCUAACAUUAAAAGAUAUGAAAUUGAUUCAAAUGCCCAACACAACAUACGUUCUCAUGUGCAGUGA